GAGGAGGAGGAGGAGGAGGACGAUAAAUCAGAUACUCGUGGGGAUGAUACUGCUAGUCAUAAAGAUGUGACAAAAUCAGGAGUCCAAUCCUCAAGAUGCAAUAAAUCAGGAGUCUGAUCCUCAUACAAAAGAUGAUGUGAACCAUGGAAAUCAGACUGAAGAAAAAGAUAAUGAUAAUGACGGGGAUGGUAAGAAUGAUGAGAAUCAACCAGAUAAUGAUAAUAAUGGGGAUGGUAAGAAUCAUGAGAAUCAACCAAAAGAAACUGAGGAGCCUCCAGCAAAGAAACAAUGUGUAGAAACGGUUGCAACGAAAUCUGUGAUCCAUGCAAAAGUGGAGGAGAAGUCCAUUGAUAAACUAAUUGAGGCUGAACUGGAAGAAUUGGGAGAUAAGAACAAGAGGCGCUUUUUCAAGCUUGAUACAUCUUGUAAUGGUGUUGUCUUUAUUCAAAUGCGGAAAAGAGAUGGAGAACCCAGCCCCAUAAAUAUUGUGCAGCACAUGAUGACAUCUCUUGCAUCAACAAGGAAACACAUGUCAAGGUUCAUCUUACGGAUAUUACCUAUUGAAGUGGCCUGCUAUGCUUCUGAGGAAGAAAUUUCAAGAGCAAUCAAACCUCUUGUUGCAGAAUAUUUUCCAGUGGAAACUCAAAACCCACAAAAGUUUGCGGUAUUGUAUGAAGCCCGUGCAAGUAUUGACUGGAUGAAGAUUAUAAAUGCAGUUGCAAAAUCCAUCCCUGGACUGCAUAAAGUUGAUCUUAAAAAUCCUGAUAAAUCCAUUGUAGUUGAAAUUGUCAAGACUGUGUGCUUGAUUGGGGUCGUUGAAAAGUACAAGGAACUGGCUAAGUACAACAUAAGGCAGCUUACAUCAUCCCAACCAUAGCCAUGUCAACCUUUUUUCAUUUUUUUUGGGUAAUUGGAACUGCUGACAUUUGAUAUGUAGGUUUUCCAUCUUGUAUUGUAGGAUGGAGUAUUUAACAAGUGGGGUGACAGCGAGUUUAAACCACAAAUAAUCUCAUUUGAAGAAUAAUAUGUCAUAAUGAAAAUUUUGCGAAGUUUAGAUGCC